GCCAAAAAAAAGGGCGUAAGGAUCAGAGUAGUUACCGUGAUCCAUUUUUGUUAUCUCUCUCCAAGUUUUCUAUCUUUCAUUCUCUCUAGAAUUUUCUAUCGUUUCAUUUUCCUCGCAACUUAGGGUUUUUGCAAAUCUCUUUGAAAAAUCAAAGCCGAAGGUUCAGCCAUGGUUUCUGAUUCAAUCUCUGCUGCUCCGAUUCCUUCUGCCGCAAACACGAAGAACCCAGGCAAGAAGAAGAGGACCAACAGGUCUGCGAAAUUGAAGCAGUAUAAGAUUGAUGCGCGUCGCGAACAAUGGUUAUCUCAAGGUGCUGCGAAGAAUAAGGGGUGCAAGGAUGGCGUGGAGGAUGAUAUCCACCUGCCAUCGUCGCCUAUGGGUAAACGUGGGAAACAGGAAUUGGAGAAAGUGGAGACGAGGCGGAGAGGUGAAGAGGAUGUGAUUCAUCAAGACAGUGAUUCGGAGUCACCAUCGAACAGUCCCAUCAGUCCGAAUAGUAGUGUCUUAUGUGGUGGUACUGAUUCUGGGACGAAUUUCACGGGUAGCAGCAGUGGUGGGAGCAGCAGAAGUAGUUCUAGCAGUGGCGGGUGUUUCUCUGGGAAUGUUACAGAAGAGGAAGAGGAUAAUAAUGAUGAAGAGGUAGAAGAAGAAGAAGAUGGGUGCUUGGAUGAUUGGGAGGCUGUGGCAGAUGCUUUAGCCGCUGAUGACAAGCACGAAACCUCUUCACACGAUGAACCUGUUGUGGAAAUGGUUUCAUCUUGUGAAUUGACUCAUGGUUCAAGUUUAGGAUAUCUGAACUCCAAAUCAGGUAGUGCUGGGAUGGUUCCUUGGGGCUCUGGCAAUGCUAGAGCUUGGAGGGUGGACGAUGCUCUUCGCCCCCAGACUUUGCCCAAUCUUUCAAAACAGCAUAGUAUGCCGAAUCCAGACCGGCGUUUUGGAGGAGGGGUUCCCUGGUCUCGCACUUCUGUGCCAUCCCCUUGUCCAAUUUGUUGUGAGGAUCUCGAUCUAACGGACACAAGUUUUCUACCAUGCAAUUGCGGUUUUCGGCUUUGUCUCUUUUGCCACAAGAGGAUUCUUGAGCAGGAUGCUCGUUGUCCCGGGUGCAGGAAGCAGUAUGAGUGUGAACCUGUUGAGACAGAGGCAAGUGUGCAUGGAGGUAGCCUUACUCUUCGGUUGGCUCGAUCUGUUAGCAUGAUCGAAAGGUCUUGAGAGAUUCUCUGUUUUCAUGAGUUGUGUAUGCCGUUGUCUCUCCUUUUUGCAUUAUUCGUAUGUUUGUACUUUUUUAGGUUGAAAUAUCUAAUUUUCAUAGGUCUAGUUGGUUAGGUCAUGAGAUUUUUUUAGCACUGCCGAACUCAAGUUGUUUCCCAUUUCAUCUUAUGGUGCACGUGUUAAUGUAGAAUGCUCAUGUUGGUAUGUGAAUACAUAAGGUGGUAUAGAAAUUCAAUACAUUGAAAAUAAUGGUUACAUCAUGUGGCGACAUAUUUCAUUUAGGCUUCUA